AUGGUCUCGGAAGAGCUGUUCGAGCUUUGCCAGCCAGUCCUCCAAAACACCGCCCUAGACGAUGAGGAGCAAACUGAGCAGCUGGAGGACCUUCUCCGCUCGAACACUACAUUAACCGGAGCUUCCCUAGAAAACGCAGUCCUUGAUAUCUUAUGGCGUCAGCGCAAUCAGUCCAAACCCAAUGCAUCGCCGCCAACGCGACAUACUAUUAUUCGCCGGUCAUCCCCAGCGCCAUGGCAAGUGCGCUCCGCAACGCCGAUUUCGUCUCCUUCAAUGACCGGCACCAGUCCGGCAGGCCCUGGUUUUCAUCUGACCCGAGCUGGCCUUUCACGUGGGCCUCGUUCGUCGACCGCGUCCCCGUUCACCUCCCCACGUCCGUCUCCUCGUCUCGCCUUUGCGCAACCCAUACCACAUUCGCCGAACCUCAAUGCAUAUGAGUUUUCUGACCAGAAUUCCCCGUCUUCAGAAUUGUAUGGUGAUUUUGGCAGUGAGAGCAACGUCGAUUGGUUGGUUGCAGACGAUCAACUUAGCGUCACAUCAUCUGUCGGUGGAUUGAGCGCAUCUGCGCCAGAAUUUGUACCGGACAUGAGUCCGCAUGAUAUUCUCCGCUCUGUGUUGGGCGACAAAAAGUCAAAUGAUGAAAUCGAAGCGGCUCUAGAGGCCAACAGCUACGACCUUGGUGCUACGAUUGCAGCACUUUCGGAAGAUCCGGGCAAAGAUGGGUCGCAAAAGUCAGAUGAAGGUCGAGUUGUCGUAGGGAAAUCCAUGACUGUGGACCACAGUCGCCCGUCGACUCCUUUGAAUCAAGCGCGCACCCCGGUGGUGUGCAAGUAUUGGCUUUCUACAGGUACAUGCUUGCGGGCAGAUUGUCGGUUUAGCCAUGAUUUGACGAAUCAUAUUUGCAAAUAUUGGAUGAUGGGCAAUUGUCUUGCCGGUGAUGGAUGCCCGUUUUCGCAUGAUCCUGCAAGCCUAAUGGGCAAUUUGAGCAUUACUGAUGGGCUCAAUCAACAAUCGCCAGCGCAGGCCAACUUUCAGUUUGACAACAAUCAAGAGGCAUUUCCAGCUUUACAACCUGCCGGGGCCGCUGGAGAACAGUGGUAUGGUCGAGACAUGCGCAAGUACACGAAUCAUGUUUUGAUUACCACUCCAGCAGGCAAUACGUCGCCAUUGGGAGUCGGUCGAAGGAAUGGUUCAAGCCGUCCUCAGUCUCGACCGACCAGUCGCCAUCAGCAACGCGACUUGAAUCCGUCUCCUCUUUCUGUUGAUGACCCUGAAGCUUUCCCGGCACUGUCAGCCAUGGCAGCGAAGGGAUCAGGCAAGAAGCAUCAUGGCAAGAGAGGAGGCCAUAACAACAAGGAGACUGUUGCAAGCUCUCUGGCUGAUAUGGUGCGCAUCUCGUCACCUGGGCCAGGCAAAGGAAAGAACUCCAAGGUCGGGAAGGAGGUGAAGACUCGAGAACUGAGUGCCGCAGCGUUGGCUAUACCAGCGCCACAGAAUAUUCCUUGGCUGGAAACUGGACCUAGAGCCAAUCAACAGUACAUCAAAGCUCGUACGGAUGCCAUUCGACAUGGUACUGUGCGAAACAAGUUUUUGCAGAGUGCCGCGCAAGCGUGGAACCGAAACGAUGCUCGAGCAGCCAAGGCAUUAUCGCUGCGAGGACAAGCUGAGAACGAGGCCAUGCGUAGAUGCCACCGAGAAGCAGCUCGACAGCUUUACGAAGAACGCGAGCAGCAUCUUGCAAGCAGUGGCCUCGACGGAGCUGUCGAGGAGCUCUACGUCGAUUUGCAUGGUCUACACCCUGAAGAAGCUGUCAAAUACCUGGACAAAAUCCUCGUGAAGCAUUCGACAGAAGACCGAAUUCUCUAUGCCAUAACUGGGACGGGCCACCACUCCAAGAAUGGAAAGGAUAAAGUGGGCAAAGCAGUCAAAGUAUGGCUCAAUGAGCUAAAGUACGUCUUCCGCGAGUUCAGCGUGCCUGGCGAACGCGGUGGCUAUGUCGGUGGUGUCUUGGGUAUCGACCCUACCAACUACGACAAAGAAGCCGCUGCGAAAUGGCGCAGCGAGGUCGACGCCCAGUCCGAGACAAACGACGCCCAGCCAGUUUUGUCGAUGGGGAAGAUUCAGCUACUCAAACGCGAAGACACUAACGGCAAGUAA